AUGCUCCUAUCCAGACAAAGCCUUUCCCUGGCUGCCUCGCAGGCCUCCCUCGUCUCGGCCGCCGUCCGUGUCCCUCGGGCAGGCCUCGCCACAGUGGUCCCUGCUGCUGCCACUUCGCGCACCUACGGCGGUCUGAAGGACGAGGACCGUAUCUUCACCAACCUGUACGGCCGCCACGACUUCAAGCUGAACGGAGCUCUGAAGCGCGGAGACUGGCACAAGACCAAGGAAAUCCUGCUCAAGGGCGACAAGUGGAUCAUUGACCAGGUCAAGACCUCUGGCCUCCGUGGCCGUGGUGGUGCCGGCUUCCCUUCCGGCCUGAAGUGGAGCUUCAUGAACAAGCCCCCCGGUGGCCCCGUCGAUACCCGUCCCCGCUACCUCGUCAUCAAUGCCGAUGAGGGCGAGCCCGGAACCUGCAAGGAUCGCGAGAUCCUCCGCCACGACCCCCAUAAGCUCGUCGAGGGCUGUCUCGUUGCUGGCCGCGCCAUGAACGCUAACGCCGCGUACAUCUACAUCCGCGGUGAGUUCUACAACGAAGCCUCGAACCUCCAGAUUGCCAUCAACGAGGCCUACAAGGCUGGCCUGAUCGGCAAGAACGCCUGCGGCAGUGGCUACGACUUUGAUGUCUACAUCCACCGUGGCGCCGGUGCCUACAUUUGCGGUGAGGAGACCUCUCUGAUCGAGUCGAUCGAGGGCAAGCAGGGCAAGCCCAGACUGAAGCCUCCGUUCCCUGCCGACGUCGGCCUGUUCGGCUGCCCCACCACCGUCGCCAACGUCGAGACCGUUGCUGUCGCCCCGACCAUCUGCCGCCGUGGCGGCUCGUGGUUCGCCUCGUUUGGUCGCGAGCGCAACGCCGGCACCAAGCUCUUCUGCAUCUCUGGCCACGUCAACAAGCCCUGCACGGUCGAGGAGGAGAUGUCGAUCCCGCUCAAGGACCUGAUCGAGAAGCACUGCGGUGGCAUCCGCGGCGGAUGGGACAACCUCCAGGGCAUCAUCCCCGGCGGUUCGUCCGUCCCGGUCCUUCCCAAGGACAUUUGCGCGACCGUGCUGAUGGACUUUGACGAUCUCCGUGACCACCAGUCUGGUCUCGGCACUGCCGCCGUCAUUGUCAUGGACAAGAGCGUCGAUAUGGUCAAGGCCAUCUCCCGUCUCUCGGCCUUCUACCAGCACGAGAGCUGCGGCCAGUGCACACCCUGCCGUGAGGGUACCACCUGGCUGGCCAAGAUGAUGAAGCGCUUCGAGGCUGGCCAGGCCAAGAGCGCCGAGAUCGAUAUGAUGGAGGAGCUGACCCGACAGAUCGAAGGACACACUAUCUGUGCUCUGGGCGAUGCUGCUGCCUGGCCUGUCCAAGGCUUGAUCCGCCACUUCCGCCCCGAUCUCGAGCGAAAGAUCGAGGAGCACCGUGCUCGCAACCCCGUCCACUGA